AUGGCGUCGGUCGAGAGCGUCCCGGCGUAUAUGCACCCAGGGGUCUCUGUCUCGCAUCCUCCGCACCUGGACGGCGAUCCGUCCUUGGCUACGGAAAUCCUCCCCGGCCCUCCCCCUCUUGCGUCCCUCCAACAGGCCGCGAUGCCGCGGAAAGACAACAAAAACCCUCCAAUGGCGUUCUCCUACCUCCCCGGCUCCGACCCAGGGACUACGUACACAACCCACUUCGCAGUGGGCUCUGUUUCCGCAGCGGCACCCUCCAGCCUGGACGGGUCGCGGCGCAACAAGCGGGUCCGUUUGGACAAAGGCGCCGAGGGCAGGUCUCAACGUGCCUCUGCUCGCAGUCUCGCCGCGGUGACGCCUGCGACUGAAGCCAUUGUGCUCCAGGAGGCUGGUGCUUCGUCAUCGCACCCACUGUCGGAAUUUGACCCUGCACUCCUUCCCGCCGACGCCGACGACACCAUGCCCUCACGCGCCACCUCCUUUCACGCCGAAGAUACCCCUCCGGAAUGCGUAGAACCCGGCAAGCGAAGUCGGGCGAAGGCAAACAAGGGAAAAGGGAAGGAGAGGGAGCUUGUGGUGAAGGUGAAGGAGGAGCCGGUCAUGAUGUCGCUGAGCAACGAGCUGGCAUCUCUCGGGACAAACGAGGACCAUUGUUCUGCGUGUCGGUCUCUUGGAGCACUUGUGUACUGUGACGGCUGCCCCAGGGCGUUCCACUGGAUUUGUCUCGAUCCCCCGAUAGAGGCGACGGACAUACCCGAGGGGGAAUCUCGAUGGUUCUGCCCGGCGUGCACCUUGGAGAAGAAGCCCCCACCCAAGCCGCAGCCUUCUCUCAAAUUCAUGGCCCCUUUAGUUAAUGAGCUAGCAACUAAGAUACCCACUGAGUUCCAGUUGCCUCAGGACGUUCGAACAUUCUUUAAAGACGUGGGAACUGGUGCGAAAGGUGCAUAUCUGGACACCUCAGAGGUGAAAGCUGCGCGUUUCAACCGCCUCGGUCAACUCGAGGAUCGCGAUCCGUACCGAUUAAAGGAUCGCAAUGGGGACCCAGUGCUAUGUUUUCGCUGUGGAGCCUCAGCAUUGCCCCCAGGUAUGACGGCUGAGUCUCCAACCGCCAAGCGCACAAGGCGGUCCAUCUCAACCAAUGUCAACAACUAUGAGACCGGUCGGGCCAUCAUAUCCUGCGACUACUGCCACCUCCACUGGCAUCUUGACUGUACCGAUCCGCCGUUGAUCACAAUGCCGGUCUGGUCGAAGAAGUGGAUGUGUCCCAACCACGCCGAGCAUGUUCUGCAACCCAAACACCGCAUUCCUCGAGCCAACGCGACGCCUAUCGAUAUUACGAAGCCUCGGCAGAAGAAUAACGGCAAUAUCGAGAUCAUACAGGCGGAAACGGCUCCUCCCACCGGCGUCGUCCCACCGAAGGUCAAUGUUGACGAAGUUCUGAUCAAUGGCCGACGAUAUCGUGUCCCUGAAAGGAUCAUUACGCUCGACUUCUGGGACAAAGUUAAGCGUAAUCGUUCAGACGGUUCAGGGGUCGAUAUGGGCGAGGUUGAGAUUUCAAGUUCAAUGUCUUCACCAUUGACAUCCUUGUCGUCACUCGACGAUCAGGACAGCAUACCCCCGUUCUCCAUGGAACCUGCGUUAUUCAACACAGACGAUCUCAGGAUCGCACAGAUGUUGUGCGGCAUGCGCUUGCAAGGUUCCUCAUCCACUUCCAGUGCUCCUCUCAAGUCCGCCCCCGCAACCAACGGGACACAUCGUGAAAGCCGUAAGCACAUCAAGACAGAGUCCCAGGAGACGUCUCUGAGUGUGAGUACCCACACUGACAAACGGCGCAAGACGGAAACUGGCCCCUCCUCCCGCCGCGCAGGAGCUUCCCGCACGGCCGCCGCGCGGGCGGCGAAAGCCUCGAAACGCUCCACUCGCGACGAUGAUUCGACCCCGGGCGCCGACUUCGACUACGUACCCUCCAUUUCCUCCGGCAAACGUCCCAACGCCCGCCGCGCCGCUGCCCGCCCUCCCGCACCCGCACCCGUGCAGGCCGCCUCAAGCGCCGAGGCCGACGUCGUCGAGGUCCCGCGCCCCGCCUCUGCGGUGUCGACGUCGACGCGUCCGCGGCGCACACGCCAGCCCACACGACGGCUCGGCACUCCGCCGCUUGUGAUCAAGCCCGACCCGGACGCCCCCGCGCCGAACGCGCUCAUGCUCCCCCCCGCGCCAAAGGCGUCCGCAUCCACGCUGCGGAAAAAGGCGAGCAUGUCCGCCGCGUCCGCCGCCGCCAAGCCGGCGACCCCAACCUCCGCGUCCGCCAACGGGGAGCUCAAGCCGCCGUCGGCGACGCCGACGCUCAAGAUCCGCCUCCCGCGCAUCGGCGCGUUCUCGCCCCAGACCGUGGCGCCGACGGCGGCAGCCGUCGAGGCCGCGAAGGCGUCGCCGACCAAGGCGCCCGCCGCCGCUUCGACCGUCGCCGCGGCGGGGGGCAGCAGCCUGCGCCCGCGGCGGUCGCUCCGCCGGCAGGCGUCGGUGCCCACCUCCCUGACCUCGUCAGCGCUGUCGACGAGCCCGUUCGAGUCCUCCUGA